CAUGUCCGCGGGUUGCAGAUGCUCUUCGCCAAUCCAACACUGCAGGUGCAUUUACUGCUUGAAGAUGCUGAUGGGAGCUGUGGCUCUCUAGAUAUCCAUCUCCUUUGCUUCUUUCUUCCCUUGCAUUACAGAGAGCUUUUUUUCUGCUCACCCCUAAAUGUUGCUCUAGCGCUGAGGUUUUGGAUUCAUUGGAUCCGCAGUCUGUCCGGUUUUGCAGUGCGUCUUGAGAGAGCAUCAUCUGAAAUGGAUUACAGACCUUUAUGACGAACAGUUCUGUGUGCUGCCGCAUCAUUUUAAACUGUUGACAUAACUCGGGACUAAAACAAUGAAUAGAGAGGAGCGAUGAUAUGAAUUAACUCUUCGGGGUUGAGGAAAGCAGAGGCGCAUAAGAUUGGAGAGGGGGUUUGUACUGCGUAUCGUGUGGAAGAAACAGAAGGAAAGGGGCUUUAUUUUCGCCACGAGUUUUCUUGUUGAAGUUAGCGGUGCUCUUUGUUUAAUAAAGAAGCGAAACAAUGCGCAAAUGAACGGAAAUGGAUAUUCUGAUAACUGUUCUUUAGAGAUGGAUGGGAGAUUUGACAACCUUUCCCCUGUAUGAAUCUUUUCACGGCAACACUGGAAAGGUGGAGCGAUCGGGAAAAGCUAAUGACGGACCUAUUAAUCCAUCACCAGAGGGGUUUGGAAACGUUUGGAUGGGAAUCGGACAAAUGUUUAAAUCUUUCUCUGGUUUUAUACGAAACUACCAAUGAAUAGUUCCCUGGAAUCUCCAUCGCAACGGUUAAUAAAAUUGGCACUGAAUUGAAUUAAGGGCUUUGAAAUGUUGACACGUUUGCUGUGAAUCAUUUGCCAAUAUCGAUAUUUUCUUCUGAAAGUAUUCCGAUCUAAAUGGAAUUAGUUGAGAAAGCCCUUUGUGAAAGGAAUAGACAUGGUACAUGGGAACAGGUUCCUUUACGUUGUUGCAGGUCUUCUCAUGCUUGGGUUGUCUGGGGCAACAAAGAAAGAAGCAGUGAAAAACAAUUCAGGGGUACAGCCUGCAGGUCAGUGUGGUACCUGGGUCAAAGAAUCAGAGGGAGGCCUCUUCACAUCACCCAAUUACCCAAACAAAUACCCCCCAGAACGAGAAUGCAUCUACAUCAUUGAAGCUCCCCCGAGACAAUGCAUUGAUCUCUACUUUGAUGAAAAGUACUCCAUAGAACCUUCAUGGGAAUGUAAAUUUGACCAUAUUGAAGUCCGGGACGGGCCCUUUGGUUUUUCUCCAAUAAUUGGACGCUACUGCGGCCAGCAGAACCCUCCAUAUAUCAGAUCAAGUGGGCGCUAUCUAUGGAUAAAAUUUGUUGCUGAUGGUGAAUUGGAAGCGAUAGGAUUUUCUGCGAGCUACAAUUUCACAGCAGAUCCUGACUUUAAAGACAUAGGAGUCCCCAAACCUCUUCCCUUUUGUGAAUUCGAGAUGGGCGGACCAGAAGGCAUCAUUGAAUCACAGCAGAUCACCAAAGAUGGCAAAGCCUUGCAGACAGAGGCAGUGGACUGCAAGUGGUACAUUCGUGCCCCUCCUCGCUCCAAGAUCUACCUGCGUUUCUUAGACUACGAGAUGCAGAACUCCAAUGAGUGCAAGCGUAAUUUUGUGGCGGUGUAUGAUGGCAGCAGCUCGGUGGAAGACCUGAGGAAUAAGUUCUGCAGCACAGUGGCCAAUGACAUCAUGCUGGUGACCGCGCUGGGCGUGGUCCGCAUGUGGGCCGACGAGGGCAGCCGCAAGAGUCACUUCCGUAUACUCUUCACUACCUUCCAAGAGCCUCCCUGCGAGGCAAAUACCUUCUUCUGCCACAGUAACAUGUGUAUCAAUAACACACUGGUGUGCAAUGGAAUCCAAAACUGUGUGUACCCCUGGGACGAGAACCACUGCAAAGAAAAGCGGAAAGCUAACAUCCUGGACAACCUCAACAACACAAACAGCACCAUUAUUGGUGUAACAUGCUGCAUCGUGCUGAUCCUACUGGUGGUAUCGGUCAUCGUUCAGAUCAAGCAGCCGCGGAAGAAGUACAUCCUGAGGCGCGAGGACUUCGACCCCACCAUGUUCCAAGAGGUGUUCCAGGAGCCGCCUCAUUACGAACUGUGCACCCUCCGUAGCACAGCGGCCACCUCCGCGGAUCUGGUCGAGCUGGCCGAGGACUUCGAGAGCUACCACAAGCUCCGGCGCGCUUCCUCACGCUGCGUGCACGAGCACCACUGUGGUUCUUCGCAGGUACCCAGCUUAAAGGGCAGCCGCGGAAACCUCAGUGCCCGCGAGGCGGCGGCGGCCAUACUGACGGACCUUCCGCCGCAACCGGUGCAGCCGCUUCCUCCUCAGACCAACCGCAGGAACAUUCUGGUGAUGAGACACACCUACUCACAAGAAGCCACAGAUGCUUGUGACCUGGAUGAUGAGCUGGAGGAGGUUCCUACAACCAGCCACAGGCUCUCCAGACAUGAGAAAGCAGUGCAGCGGUUCUGCCUCAUUGGGUCUCUUAACAAACAUGAAUCUGAGUACAACACAACUAGGGUGUAAGGGACAAUCUGAAGACUUCUUGAAAAUAGUGCAAUCCUGGAUCAGUACGAACGGGCUUCAAUGAAAUAUGAAAAUGUGGACCGGAGAUAAACACCAGCAAUGAUAAAAUACGGACAUGUUAAUGGCAAAUUUGUCAAAACCACCUACAGAUGGACAUGGAUAGUAACAAUGAAAGUGACUGUGCUAAAACGUACACCUAAUUCAGGAUCAUUGCCUUUUUUAAAUUACUUAUUUAGGAUUGCAGAACAUAACAUGAAGGUUUGUGAAAAUGUGUGGUGGUUUCAUUUUAUGUGACUAAAUGUGAAUUACUAUUUAUUGUUGUACUGCACGCUUUUAAUUUCAUAUUUUGCUACCGAAGUUGUCUUACUUUCAAUGAAGACACUGCAUAUUUGUGAAUUACACCUUCUUCCCAUAUUUUUGUCUACAAACACUUUCAUGUUAAGAAUUUGAUGCAUGUUUUUUAUUCUUUUAAUGAGCAAAGGGACACGUAGGUACAGCAACCCAAGAAUAAUUUAUUGUAGAAAAAUUAUAACAAAAGGAAUGACCUUUAGCCCCUUCCCUCCCCUAUAUAGUUUAUUGCAAUACUAACUGCAUGUGAAAAUCAAAACAAAAUCUAUAAUAUAACAUCUAUGAUUAAAUUAAAUUAAAAGUUAUGGAUUUUUUGCUUUACCCAAAUUAUUUAGCAACAAACCAUUAGUUGCUGUUGUUUAGAAAAAUCAUGAUGACAAUAGGUUAACAUUUGCUACAUUUUAGUAGCACACAAACUUUGUAUGGUAAACUUUUGUAGAUUACUUGUUCAAUAGCUGAACUACCAACACCAAAUCAGAAUUUAUGCUUUGUCAAAAACAAUUAAGUAUUAUUAUGAAUUAUAAUGACUUUAAAAUGAUAAACGUUGUAAAGUUUACAUUUUAUGCUUUUGCGUAGUAUUGUUAUUAACAUGCAAAUAUUACAAAUAAAUAAUGUAGUUUUAUCUGUGUCCAUUACAAAAAUGUGCUAGAGGCCGGAGACUUUGCUUUUGUCAUCACAGAGGAAAUUAUUUAAGGAGUCCAAUAGAGGGCAAGAACAUUAUAGUUGCUAAAUAUUUUUUUAGAAUGCUGACACCAAUAAUACAGAGGCUUUCACUUUUUUUCUCAAGUUUUGAUUUUUGAGUUACAUUUCUGUUUUAUUUUCUUUAAAGCUUUUGUCACAACAGGUAAAUCAAUAAAAUUGAUUCAUACACAAAUAGAGCCAAUUCCCAAAUACCAAGUUUAUUCAUCAAAUUUCAAAUGAAUUUAAGAAGGGGGCAGAGUUAACAGUUUCUGAGUAUUAUGGUUUUUAAAAAGUAUUUCAACAUUUAUUUAAAAAUAAUAGUUUCUAAAAGUUGAUGUCUUCAUCAUGUAUUCUGUCUCCGUUGUCAUUACUUUUUAAGUAGGCCUAAAGCUUUAUAAACAUGUUAAAAUAAAUGCUAUUUAUUUGCAUUAUGACAUAAAAAUGUCAGCUGAAGUGGAAGGUUUAAAGAUUUGCUUCCACAUAAUGGGCCUCAUUCAUGAAACACGGGCAGAAGAUUUUUUGUGUAAAUCGUUUUCUGAUUCAUGACAAUGUUCGUAUUUUCAAAAUGUUAGUUGGUAUGAAAGAAAUUUACACCUACUCCCUACCACGUGUGCAUGGUGCGUAAAAUAUUAAAAUAUUCUGUAUUCUUUUAGACAAACUGAUGACACUGCAUUUUGAGGCACUAUGUAUCAUAAUGAUAUUUCACGAGUUCUUUUGCCCUGUAUUUUUUAAUUUUUUACUCUUUAACUUUGGGUAAAACGCAAAGCUCGUUACUGUCCUUUUUUGCACAGCUGUCCAACCACAGUGGAGGAGAGGUGGGACAAACACUACAUUAACCAACCAUCAUUCACAACAAUGGAGAAGUUAAAGGGGUCAUAUGGCGCGAAUAUGUGUUUUCUGUGUCUUUGGUGUGUUAUAAGUUGCCCAUGCAUGUAUUAGACACGUAAAAUUGCAAAAAUGAAAGUGUCGGAACAAAAGAUGCAUUCUAUCUUAAAGCGAAUGCUCACCCAGACCUGCCUGAAACGUCUCGUGUAACCACACCCCCACAAAUCUACGUCAGUUUGUGGUAUGAUUUGACAAAGACCGCCCAAAUGUAUAAGUAAGGUGGGCGUACCUGUCAGUACAAUUGCUUUGGAACAUGAUGUUCCAAAUAUGGUAAGAGGCGUCACAUUUCCGUCACACGCUUGCAGUAUUCGACCAAUCACUACGCACUGGUUAACUGGCCAAUCAUAGCACACCUCGCUUUUCAGAGCGAUGAGCUUUGUAAAAAAUCCGAGCGUUUCAGAGAGGCGGGUCAAAGAGUAGAUACAAACAUGCACGGUAUUUGGAAAAUACAGCUUUUUGAACCUUAAAUAGUGUAUACACAUUGCAUUACAUCUAAAACAAAGAUAAUAUUAGUUUUAGCCCUGUCAUAUGACCCCUUUAAUAUUGCUGGUUACUACAUUUUUAUAACGGUCUAUAACGGACACUAUAGUAACAUGUAACUGUCAUGGAUAUUCCAAAUCACAUUAACCAACGCGUCUCCAGAAAAACGCACUGUGCUUCCAAAGCGCUCUCAAGCGCCACCAGCUGGUCAUUUUUAGAAGAGCACCAGCUGGCUAAAAACGCUUUGGUGGACACAGUUUAAUUGAUACAUUUAUUGGUAAGCAUAUAGCCUAUUAUGCAUUUAUGCAAUAAUGUUGCCAAACCAGAGAAAGAAGUCCAGAGGAUUCCAGCAUUCCUAGAUACGUAAUUUGCGUAGAUGUAGUGCAGAGGGCGGCAGAGUUUAUGCCAAUUAUGAAUGAGCGCGCAUGUGCGCCCUGUUUACGAGUGAUUGGAACUCAUUAACAUACACACAUUUCACUAUCAAAUCUGUAGUUUACAAAGUAUUUGUGAAUCCGGAAGAAAGUUUUCUGGAAGGUCCGUUUUACGUGCAAAUUGCUCGAAAUCUACACAUUUUACGAAUGUUUCAUGAAUGAGGCCCAAUGUCUUUAUGGGUUCCUGAUGUUGUGUUUAUAAAUUGUAAUUUUGAAAAGUAAAAUUAAUGCAUAAAGUUAUAUUAUAUGCUAUUUAAAAAACCCCAAAACCAUUACUAGUGUGAUAUUCAUAUUUUUGUUUAUCUCGCGAGUCGUGAAUUAAUUUAAUCUGGAUGGAAUCAGUUGUGGAUUUUAAAUUCACCCGAUAAUAUGUUCAUUUCUUUACAGGCUGUUACAUCAUACCUUACACCUCACCUAAGAUUGACAACAUAUGGAACUUUGACCAUCUAAUGGAAACAGCCUCAAAUAAUUUGAGGAAACUUGAUUUGAACGGGUGCAGCAUUGUGGUUGUUUUUGUCAAUCUUUAGUGAAUUUGAUGGUGAAAUACUGUGGCACCAACUUGUAUUCUAUAAGUAGCUGAAACUGUGAAGCUCUUGGGGACUAUAUCAAACACUGGACUGAAACUUAAUACAAACUGAUGUACAUUGUUCAUGCAGUGGAUUUUGAAUCAGACAUGUUUUUGUUUCCUCUGAUUUGACCUCGCGGGGUUAUAUUGUAAUGCUCAGAUUAUUUUUCAAUACAAAUUGUCAUGUCUUAAGUAGGUGCAUAAAAUUUGUACUUUGCAAAAAGUUGAACAACUUUAACAUAUUCUGAAACCAUAAGGUGCGAUCCUUGAACCAACUGAUAGAAAGGUGUAGUCUGUGUUCCCCCCAGUCCUGGGGUAAUUUUACUGUGAUUAGUUCUGAGAUCCUGUGAUUUGACUGGUUAGCAUCUCAGAAGUGUAAACACAAGACAUAAUCACAAAGAAAACCAGUUGGUCUUGUCUAUGCAUACACUCAAAGAUCAAAAAUACCCAGGAUUUAGAUAAUUUGUAGUUUCUUACUGAUGAGAAAGAGGUGGAGAACAACAUGUUUGAAUGGUUCCUUGACACUUCCGAUGUGAGAAACCGCAAUGACAAAAAGUAUUUAGUUAGCAAUUCAUUUGAUUGAUGCUGGAAAGAAUGUUUUAAAUAAAGUGAA